AGUAUACAAACGUAAUAAUAAUACAUAAAAUCUAAACAAAUGUGCCUGUGUUAAAAAAAGAAAGCAAAUAAAGAAGCAAAGCAUUCAAAAAGCAGAAGCUUCCGAAUAAAUGUAAAAGUGCAAAACAUAUAAAAACCCCAGAAAUAACUACCCAAAACUCAAACCAAGAACUGGAAAGUAAAAGAGGGACUCCACACCGGCAGCUACAGUAGAGCUCCCCUAAAGAAGAAGCAGGUGAAGCGGCGGAGAGGGACGUCGGUUUGAGUGUUGCGCCCCCAUUUGUUGUUUCUACUCCAAAAGUGGCACAAAUCGGGUUAGACGUCGCUCCCAGAGCAUUAAUGGCUCAGCCCAGGUAUGACGAUGGCCUACACGGCUACGGCAUGGACUCCGGAGCCGCCGCAGCGGCCAUGUACGAUCCACACGCCGGUCACCGGCCGCCAGGCCUGCAGGGCCUCCCCUCGCACCACUCUCCGCACAUGACGCACGCAGCGGCGGCGGCGGCCACAGUGGGCAUGCACGGCUACCAUUCGGGGGCCGGGGGUCAUGGAACACCUAGUCAUGUAUCGCCGGUCGGUAAUCACCUAAUGGGCGCUAUCCCUGAAGUACACAAACGUGAUAAGGAUGCGAUUUAUGAACAUCCGCUAUUCCCGCUUUUGGCGCUGAUCUUUGAGAAGUGCGAAUUGGCCACAUGUACGCCGAGGGAGCCCGGGGUGCAAGGUGGCGAUGUCUGUUCGUCGGAAUCGUUCAACGAGGAUAUUGCAAUGUUCAGUAAACAGAUAAGAUCACAGAAACCCUAUUAUACCGCAGAUCCCGAAGUCGACUCACUGAUGGUGCAAGCAAUACAAGUACUUCGGUUUCACCUUUUAGAAUUAGAAAAAGUACACGAAUUAUGCGAUAACUUCUGUCAUCGGUAUAUAUCGUGUUUAAAGGGUAAAAUGCCAAUAGAUUUAGUGAUCGACGAACGGGACACCACCAAACCACCGGAGUUGGGAUCGGCGAACGGAGAAGGGCGCAGCAAUGCCGACUCCACAUCGCACACCGAUGGAGCUAGUACACCAGACGUUCGGCCGCCGAGCUCAUCGCUGUCCUACGGCGGCGCAAUGAACGAUGACGCCCGAUCGCCGGGCGCUGGUAGUACUCCCGGUCCACUGUCACAGCAGCCACCUGCCCUAGAUACAUCAGACCCUGAUGGUAAGUUCUUAUCAUCACUCAAUCCUUCAGAACUAACAUAUGAUGGACGAUGGUGUCGAAGAGAAUGGUCCUCACCUGCCGAUGCUCGCAAUGCGGACGCCUCCCGGCGAUUGUAUUCCUCAGUCUUCCUCGGUAGUCCUGACAACUUCGGAACGAGUGCAAGCGGUGAUGCCAGCAAUGCCAGCAUAGGAAGUGGCGAGGGCACCGGCGAGGAGGACGACGAUGCGAGCGGCAAAAAGAACCAAAAGAAACGUGGCAUUUUCCCAAAAGUAGCAACCAACAUAUUGAGAGCGUGGCUGUUUCAGCAUUUAACGCAUCCCUACCCAUCCGAGGACCAGAAGAAACAAUUGGCCCAGGACACCGGCCUAACGAUAUUGCAAGUGAAUAAUUGGUUCAUCAAUGCGCGGCGGAGAAUCGUCCAGCCAAUGAUCGAUCAAUCGAACCGAGCAGUCUAUACACCGCAUCCAGGUCCCUCCGGAUAUGGCCACGACGCCAUGGGCUACAUGAUGGACAGCCAGGCGCAUAUGAUGCACCGUCCGCCCGGAGAUCCGGGCUUCCACCAGGGCUAUCCGCACUACCCGCCCGCCGAGUACUACGGCCAGCACUUGUAAUCCUCGUAAUCCGGCCCACAACCGGAAACGGAACCAGAAAGCUCUCCGGAAGCGAUCAAGCCAAAAUCAUAGCUUAAAUUUUUACCACCACCACCACCAACCAACUGGAGGAGAAGGAGCUGAAUCACGAGGAGCAGGAGCAGCAGCAGGAGCAGGAGCAGCAGUAGGAGCAGGAGCAGGGGCAGUCCGAUCCAAUCCCAAAACUAGCAUACCGCGUGGCAAUAUCAGUCAAGUAAUAGCAAACAAAAAACACAAGCAAAGAACAACCGUAAAAUCUAUAAAAUGAUAUUAGCUAAGCAACAACAACAACAACAACGGCAGAACCCAAAACAACCAUAGCAACAAUAG